AUGAAAGAAUUUAAAGAAGAUAAAAUUUUAUUAGCAUAUUGGACAUCAUUAUCUAAUGCAUUAAAAACUGUAGCAAGUGCUACAUAUGGUUAUAGUGGCUCUAGAUUUUCUCCUUUAUUUAAAAAAUCUGUAGCUUUGUCUAUAACUGCUUUUUGUCAUUCUACACUUAAAGAGAUUAUUGAAUAUCUGAAAAGUUUAGGAUAUGAGAUAAUCUAUGGAGAUACCAACUCAAUAUUUUAUAUAAUACCAAUAGUUUAUUUAAAAAAGUUAACAUAUAAAAGAGAAAAGAUUAAACGAACAAUAGAAAUCUUUUUAGAACUUGAAAAACAAGUUAAUAAAAAUAUAAUGGUACUUGAUUUUGUUCAAAAAAGAAUCAAUAGUGGUAAAUCAAUAGCACCAGAAAGAUUUUUUUACUAUGUUUUAGAUCUUGAUUAUAAAAAUAUAGGGUAUAAAAUUUGUUUGGUUAAUGAAUUUAAUUCCAACAAAGAUAAAAUAGAUUUACUUUAUUAUCUAAAAAGUUCAAAGGAUUUAUGUGAAAGUUUUUUUUCAUGUAAAAAGGGAGAAGCUGAAAAAAUAAUAAUUUCUUUAUAUAAAGAAAUUACUGAAAAAUCAGAACAAAUUAGGAUAGAUAAUAAUUUAAAUAUAAAUUUUAUAUAG